AUGUAUGUGUGCGAAUUCCUGCAGUUGCAGAAGAAAGAAUUCCCCACUGCCCUCAAGGGCAAACACAGCAAAGAUGGAUGUUUACGUUCAGGUGAAUCUUACUCUGUUUACCACACCAGCCCCACCUUGCCGUGUCUCUCCAGGCCAGUGGUUCUGUGGUCUCAGCAGGAUGUGUGCAGAUGGUUGAAGAAGCACUGUCCACACAACUACUUGACCUAUGUUGAAGCCUUCUCCCACCACGCCAUUACAGGUCGUGCUCUCUUGAGAUUGAAUGGCGAGAAGUUAGAGCGGAUGGGUUUGGUUCAGGAGACUCUGAGACAAGAGCUUCUCCAGCAGGUUCUACAACUACAAGUACAAGAGGAAGGGCGCAACUUACAGCUGCUAAGCAGAGGGCUAUCCGGAAACCUGUCAUAGCUUCAACCAUGCGUAGGGCAGUUCUACCAGACUAGCUGCAUUCUGAAGGGACAUCAGUGUGUUUGGUCAGGCUGAGGCCAGACACAUUUGACUGGAGCUGUCAUGGACUGGGACACGGGGACAGGUUUCAGUUAUACAGCUCAACCCCCACAUUCUCGCUACACGUAUAGAAAACUCAUAUCAAAUGAGAUCUACACAAGGAGCUUUCAUGUGCACCCAUGAUUUAUCAACCCCAAAUCUGCUUCGAAAUGCAAACAAAAUGCAGAGGAAUCUUGAAUCUUUAUAUCUGAUAAAGGCGAACUUAGCUGGCUGUACCAAAGCUUCCUGGAUUUUGUAAAAACUCAGUUCCACUUUAAAGUCUACAAGACCUUCUACAAUGAUGUCUGGUAAUACUGUCAGAAAUUGCUGUAUUAAAAGCUAUAUUAUGAGCUUUCACCCACAGAAGCAAGCUUGCUAGCUAUUUUCUGCUGGAAUGUGACUUUGCCAGACGUGCCCUCAAACGUGCCGGUCAAGAUUGUGGUUCUACGUAAGCAAAUUGUGUCCAGUUCCUACAGGUGUUUCAGGACUCAUUUCACGUUAGAUAUGAACCUAAAUGAAUUAAACCUGCAUUUGUACUGUGAGUCCAACUGGACGGCCUGUU